AUGGCCGAAAAUGCUCCCAAAAUCACACUCUACACCAAUCAUCGCUGUCCGUGGGCCCAUCGCGCUCACAUCGUGCUCAGGGAACUUGGACUUGAAUACGACGAAGUCAUCAUUGCACUCGACAAGCCGCGAGAGCCAUGGUACCUUGAAAUCAAUCCUCGCGGUCUCGUACCCACAAUCGACUUUAACGGCGAGAUCAUCACUGAGUCUGGCAUUGUUGUGCAAUUCCUAGCUGAUGCGUAUCCUUCACAUGUUCUCCCUGCUGCUGGCUCAAUUGAAGGAGCACUGAAGCGUGCGCGUAUCAACUUCUUCGUUGACUCCUGGUUUUCCAAGGUCGGCAGCUAUUGGAUUCAGAUUUUGAAGCAGGAUAAUGCGGAAGAGAAGGAAAGAUUGGGGAGAGAGUUUGUCGAGACUGUGGCGAAGGAGAUUGAGCCUUUGCUGAAGGGUGCUGGGCCCUUCUUUGGAGGCAGCAAUAAGAUUACGCUGGCUGAGGCACUCGUCGCGCCCUUCAUACUGCGCAUUUACGCCUUGGCUAAGCACGGCCGGCUUCCGCAGUCUAUCAUUUCAGGUUUUGAUGCGCUGCCUAACUUCUCAAAAUGGGCUGCUGAGGUCAUGAAGCAGGAUAGCGUUACUUACAUUUGGGAAGAAGAGAGCACAGUGGCGGUCCUCAUGAAGAGGGUUGAGACCAUGAAGGCUCAGGCAAAGGCGGGUUCAAAAUGA